AUGCACACGAAGAUCGUGCUCUGCCUGUGUUUGGCCGGUGAUGAGAAUAUCAUCCAUGUAGACAACUACUCCAUCCAGAUUCACGAGAAGGUCACACAUAAUACGCUGAUACAACUCAGGCGCAGAUGUGAGGAUUUUUGUACAACGGCCGCCGGGUCAAAUGCACCAUGCUUCCCCCUGAGUGAGACGCAGUAUGAAUACAACCGUUCUAAUGGCCGGACCGACAAGGAAACCAAAUAUGAUUAUCGCGAUCUCUUCAAAGAUCCUGGCUUACAAACUAGUGCUGACGAUCUAUUCCACGCAGCGGCUAUAGGAAACACUACGAAAGUGCAAGAAAUCAUCAGCAAAACUCCUGGCUUGGUCAAGUCCCAGAACAGAGAAGGACAGACUCCACUGCAUGCAGCCGCCUAUGGUGGUCACUUGGAUACCGUUGUCGCCUUAGUUACCAAUGGCGCCCCUUUGGAACAACAAGAUAAGGGAGGAUACACAGCUCUGACGUCUGCAGUAGACGGGUGA